AUGAGGACGGUGCUGCAGAGGGUCAAGUCGGCAUCAGUCACGGUCGAUGGCCAAUUGAUAUCUUCAAUUGGCAAGGGAUUGCUGGUCCUUGCUGCCAUCUCCAAAGAUGACACUGAGAAGGAUGUCGAGGCCAUGGCUAGUAAGAUACUAAAGGCCAAGCUCUGGGAUGAUGAGUCCAAAGACCCGCCAAGCAGUUGGAAAUGCGGCGUGACUGAUAUCCAUGGCGAAGUUUUGUGUGUCUCCCAAUUCACGCUACUAGCUUCUAUGAAAAAAGGAAGGCCUAGUUUCCACCAAUCCGCAAACGGCGACAAAGCCAAGACACUAUACCAAGCCUUCUACAACAAGGUCGGAGCUCUGUACGAGCCCGACAAGGUCAAAGACGGCUUGUUCGCAGCCAUGAUGGAUGUUGCUUUGGUUAAUGACGGGCCGGUCACUAUUCAAAUCGACACCAACCCCCCGAAGACGGAUGAUUCAACUCCAGCUAGCUCGGAUUCGAACGCAAGCAAACAGCAUACAGUCGACGUCAAUGACCUCGUCAACAACAUGACAAAGAUCACGCAAGAAUUUCAGAUACCUGUGGAACGCCUUGAGUAG